GACCCAAGUCCGAUAGUAUCGCCAUUCCAAUUCCCAACCAACAGCGCCAUUCCCAGCCAAGUAUUCAUCGUGACGACGACGUCUAUAUCCAUAUACUAAAUACACCGCUUCAUCAUGGACCCCGCCGACAUCUUACCGGCACUGGAACGUCUCGACGAUGCUGUUGACCUGCUCGAAGACGCACUGCAACCGCUAAUCAACAACGUGACCGAUGUAGCUUCUAAGCUUCCUCUCCUCGACAAGGCGAAGUUCUAUGUUCUCAUGACGUAUUCCAUAGAGUCCAUGUUAUUCUCUGCCCUUCGUCUAAAUGGAGUGGAUGCAAAGGAACACCCCGUGUUCAAAGAGCUAGCCAGAGUGCGCCAGUAUUUUGACAAGAUAAAAACCAUCGAGUUUCCCCCGCAGAAGCCCGAACAGAGUCUCAACAAGGAGGCCGCCAUCCGAUUCAUACGAUCGGAUCUUGCGGAUAACAAGGAAAUCAACACCAAACUUUCCGAGAUGAUUGCAAAGGAACGUGCAAUGGCGUCGUUAAAGACAUCUCGGCUUGGAGAGAAACGAAAAAUAGCCGAGACAACGCCGGAUGAGAAACCUAGCAAAGAGACUGAUUCGGAAGAGGAAUCCGAGGAGGAAUCCGAGCCUGAAGUUGAGUCACUGCCGAAACGUAAAAAGUCAAAGAAAGAAAAGAAAGACAAGUCUGGGCGGAAAGAGAAGAUGAGUAAAAAGGACAAGAGAAAUAGAAGCAAAAAAGAAAAGAAGACUAAGGCACCGGUGAAAUAAUGAUGAUAACCUCCUUAUUCUGGUCUUACUGGACAGCCAAAUCGCUGAGGCCAUGAGUCUCAUUUCCUGAGUCAAAACCUCCCACUGGAAUUGAACCGAAGGCUAUGAGCAAGCGAUCCUGGCACUGAUUAAGAUUCGAGUAUUCCGGCUUCACAGACAGGCAUAUAUCGCUACGCGCCGCUGGGAGGGGGUAGGUUGUUUACAUAUGCCGAUGACAGCUCGGAAUCGGGAGGUGCUGUGCCGCAAAGAAACUUCUGCGUAGGCGCACAUGUGGCGACGCCAUGUGGAAAUGGUGCUGUUAUAGGAGAAGCGAGAACAGCCU